AUGCACUUCAACACUCGCAGUCAUCAGAAACAAAGCUCAUACACCCAUGGUCACGAGAAACAGAGCUUCUACACCCAUGGUCACGAGAAACAGAGCUUCUACACCCAUGGUCACGAGAAACAGAGCUUCUACACCCAUGGUCACGAGAAACAGAGCUUCUACACCCAUGGUCACGAGAAACAGAGCUCAUACACCCAUGGUCACGAGAAACAGAGCUUCUACACCCAUGGUCACGAGAAACAGAGCUUCUACACCCAUGGUCACGAGAAACAGAGCUUCUACACCCAUGGUCACGAGAAACAGAGCUUCUACACCCAUGGUCACGAGAAACAGAGCUUCUACACCCAUGGUCACGAGAAACAGAGCUUCUACACCCAUGGUCACGAGAAACAGAGCUUCUACACCCAUGGUCACGAGAAACAGAGCUUCUACACCCAUGGUCACGAGAAACAGAGCUCAUACACCCAUGGUCACGAGAAACAGAGCUUCUACACCCAUGGUCACGAGAAACAGAGCUUCUACACCCAUGGUCACGAGAAACAGAGCUUCUACACCCAUGGUCACGAGAAACAGAGCUUCUACACCCAUGGUCACGAGAAACAGAGCUUCUACACCCAUGGUCACGAGAAACAGAGCUUCUACACCCAUGGUCACGAGAAACAGAGCUUCUACACCCAUGGUCACGAGAAACAGAGCUUCUACACCCAUGGUCACGAGAAACAGAGCUUCUACACCCAUGGUCACGAGAAACAGAGCUUCUACACCCAUGGUCACGAGAAACAGAGCUUCUACACCCAUGGUCACGAGAAACAGAGCUUCUACACCCAUGGUCACGAGAAACAGAGCUUCUACACCCAUGGUCACGAGAAACAGAGCUUCUACACCCAUGGUCACGAGAAACAGAGCUUCUACACCCAUGGUCACGAGAAACAGAACUUCUACACCCAUGGUCACGAGAAACAGAGCUUCUACACCCAUGGUCACGAGAAACAGAACUUCUACACCCAUGGUCACGAGAAACAGAGCUUCUACACCCAUGGUCACGAGAAACAGAGCUUCUACACCCAUGGUCAAGAGAAACAGAGCUUCUACACCCAUGGUCACGAGAAACAGAGCUUCUACACCCAUGGUCACGAGAAACAGAGCUUCUACACUAGUGGUCACCAGAAACAGAGCUUCUACACCCGUAGAUAA